AUGUCUUCAGUUUAACAUUACUUAAUAAGAAAGUCUAUAACUGUAAACAAAAAUGCCAAUAUUUUUAUGACUUAACAUGAAAUUGAUUAAUAAAGAUUAUAUAGAAAUGGAAAGAUAGUUCCUUAUUAUAUAGUUGGUAAACCUGAAAUAAUGGAUAAAAAAUUAAAUAAUGCAUCAUAAACUGAAGAUUCAUUAACAAAUACAAAAACUAAACCUAUAUUUUAUAAAGAAAAUAAAUCCAAAGUUGCAUAAAAAUUACAAAAUAGAGUUAUCGAGGGGGAUGAAUUUAUUAAAAUUGACAUGGAGCUUUUCUAAGUUGAAGAUGAAAUAAAAUAACUGCAAAUUUAAUAAAAAUUUAAACUCCCCUUAUCAACUUUAGAUCCUGCUAAUAUAGCAUCUGAUGAUAAAGAUAAUAGAAUCAUGAAAUCUUUUGAUUAAUAAUAAAUAAGUUGGUAAGAAAGAAUAGUAUAGUCAGCAUAAAGAUGUAAAAGACAUAUUUCUUAAUCUAUUUAUAAUAAAAUUUAAGUACAAAGAGAAAAAAAUGAGGAUAGAAAAUUAUUGGAUUUAAUUUAAACAGAUGCAGAAAGACAUGGUAAUAAAUUAUGGGUAAUAAUUAUAUUUACUUAAAGGAAAGAUAAUUAAGAUCGAGUUCAGAAGUACUGGAAACAAACCAAAAAAUAAAAGCUUAAGGAUUGGAAAUUAUAAAAUCAAUGAAUAGUUCAGGUUUUUAUAAAAGGCCGAAGAGUUUUAUAUAAAGAUUUGAAGAAAGAUAGGAUAAAGUAAAUGAAUUGACAGCAAAAGGAAAUUCAAUUUAAAAUUUAUAGGUAGACUAAAUAUUUAUUGAUAGGUAGAAGGAUUGAAUUAAUUGGCUAGAGAAACAUUAAGCCUAAAUAAAAUAAUUAAAGAUUAAAAGGAACUAUAAUAAAAUUUAAUAAAAAAUAAUUCAUCUAUUGAUCAAAUCUCUUAAAGAAGGAAACAUAAAGCUCCUUUUAAAAAGUUAGUUCCUGUAGAAAAUUUAAAUUCUUAACAAGAUAUCAUAUCAAUAAACUAUGAUAAAUAAUUCUUGAGAUAAUAAGGAAAAUUGGACAUUUGUAAAUAAUUUUUCUGA